AAGAAGUACUUAAAUACAAACACAUACGUUCAAUAUGCCUUGCUUCAAAAGAGAGAAAAGCCUUUCGAUUCUUCCUCGUCGGGAUAAGGCAAAUGAAAGAGAUGCGGUGGCACCAAGGCCAGUUCGUCCACGCGCAAUGAGAUAUCAUGGACUCUUGGGCAUGACCAUUGCGAGCCAGCAUCUGAUUGUUGAUGAAAAGUGGACGCCCGACUCCUUAACUGAAGAGUUUACUAACUUGACAGAGUUACUGAAGCGUCGUGUGAUCUACAAGCGCCAUGAAACGAAAACUAAUCGGAAGCGUCUCUUGGAGAAGAGUAGGCAAUUGAAGAUGCAGUGCGCCGAUGGACGCAUCAAGCUACAGAAGAUCUCCACCGGAAAUAAUGCACAUAAAAUACGGAACUUUUUAAUCAACCAUAGGGAUAUGCAGCGUCUUUAUCAAAAAUUGCCCAUACAUCAGGUUGCCGAUAAUAUCAAUCAGCGAACAUUUGUCUUGCGCAAGGAGCGAGAUCGUUUAAUAUUUCGCUUGGAACAACUGAAACUUGAAUACAAAAACUUACUCAUUAAUCGAUCCGAGGUGGAAAAUCUCAUAAGGUAUGAAAAUGAAUUUGUGCUUGAGGAGGAGCUUGCAUCUCGCGUUUUGCUUAAGAAAAUUGAAAACUCAAAUGUCCGCUUGAAGGCCAUCACAACCAUCAAUACAACAUAUAAGAAAAUGAUACAAGUUCUUUUACAAGAUGAAAUAUUUUAUGAGCCAAUUCUGAGCUCUCUUGACGGUGAUAUGGAGGAUCAGGCGAACUUUAUAAAGAACAUACUUUAUAUGGGAAAACCAGCCAUUGCUAGAUUCAAGAAGCUGAACAACGAAUAUCUCAUGCUUUUAGAUAAGUCGCGAAAUAAUCUUCAGGCUAAAAUGAAAAUGUUGGCCUCGUUGAAAAAGCCAACUACUGUCUUUGUUCCAGUCGAAAAGCCCAAUCGGGUUAGUACCGAGGAAAUUGAUGAGCAUUAUGUGCGUCAAACGCGGAGCAUGUUGAGACUAAAAUCGGAGCUGGCAACCAUUGAGGGCACCAUCAAAAAUUUGAAAUUUGUCACACUUUGCUCACAAGCCAAGGAAAUUUAUCCGCGCGUUAAGUGCCAACUGGAAAAUAAUGCAAAACUGAAACUUACCAUUCAGAGAGAUUUACAGAAUCGUGAGAUGCUCAGGAACAAAAUGGCAUAUACUGGGUUGCUGCAAAGCGUCUUGUUGAACAAUCUUUCUGAAGAGGAAUUGAAUCGUAUGCAACGCAUUCAAGACUUGAAAGCCAUGUUGCACCAAGAUGGAGAGUUCGAGCAAAGUACUCUGGAGCAUAUGAAGAAUCGUGCUGAUGCUUAUGUGAUGUUGCGAAUAACCCUUUGGAAUCUUAUUGAAAUUCUGCGACACGUAGAUCGGCAGCCCCGAACGUUUCGCCCUUAUUAUCCGAAUUCGUAUCUGAAGUUGCCGCUGUUGAAAUUCGAGCUGCACAAUGUGUAUGCAGCACCACCAGAGUUAUAUGAGGAGGACGUUGACAAAAUAAUUCAUUUACUGAAGAGAAAGGUAUACAAGCUGAUGAGAGCAUAUGAGGAAACUACAACUCCGGAGAUGAUAGUCGAGAAUAGAGAAGCAUAUCAUGUCAAAUUCUUGUCCACUCGCAUUGCGAACGAAAACGUCGAGGAUGAUCAGCAACAUGGAACUGUAAUUGAAGACGAUCAAGAUAAGGCCAUGGCCAAUAUACCAAAUCGCAGGCAGAUCAAAGCACAGAGCGCCAGACUUGUCGAGGAGGCUUCCAAGCGAGAAGACGCUGACUAGUUAGUUUAGGCAUUUAACUAUGAGUUAGUUUAACUUAACUUAGCUUUCCUUGACAUAUACAUACAUACUACUAUGUAGCAUAUGUAUUUAUAAUUAUUUAUAAUUAUUUAUAUAUGUACUGUUUACACCAAUACAACUAAUAAUACAUAUUCAUUCAUACUCAA